UAGAAGUUGUGACACCAUAAAAACGAAUAACAUUAUCAUGAAAAUCAAUUUUACGUUGAAGUUGAAUCUCACAAACAAUUGCUUCACCUAUAGCAUCAUUGAUAUUAUAAAAAGUUUUUAUUGCAUAACGCUUAUGAGAAUUCUUUCAAUUCGCACGAUAAACCUUUCCAAAGCUACCGGAACCAAUUUCUUGAAUAUUAUAAAAUUGGUUAUACUCAUAAUACUUUAUAAGUUUUUUAGAAAUCUCUUCUUCAAUCCAUUUAUUCCAAUCAUUUGAAUUGCUAACAAGUUCAGCGUGACAUUGUUGGGUACGAAAAAAAAUUAUUACUGC